CGCACGAAGUUAUAAUACAAACCGAAAUGAUAUGAUCGAAUCAUUAAUUUAGAAUUCAAAUAAUUCGAUGUCAUUUUAUCAUUUUAUGUUAUGAUUUUCACUGACUCUAUCAUUUUACUCCGGCGUUGAGUCCACGAGGGUGGAAAGCAUAUCCAAAAAGAGAAUGCUGCCGCGCGUGCAUUCCCCUUGAACCACCUCUCGAGUGCCCCAAAAGCAUAACACUUUUUAAUCACCUCCGUCGUCUUCCUCCGUCGUCCUCCGGCGGUUCUUCACCCACAAACUUUAAAUUGAUUCCAAAAGCCAAAAGCAGUAGACCCCACCUUGACCCCACCACCUCCAGGAAUCAUAGCCAGCCACAAGAUAAUAAGGCAACUCGUCAAACCCACUAACUUCCUUCCACGUGUCCACCCCCAUGGGAUUCUCUCUUCAGUACGGACUUUUCCCCGCCCUUUUUCCCCAACUGUUAAAAGUCUUCACUGCCAACAACCAAACAUCCCACAAACCAAAACACACACAGCCCUUCUUUCCUCUGUUUCCUUCCAACAUACAUACAAUUCAAAAGUCUGUUUUUUUUUUCAUUCCCCAAAUUUUUGCAUCCUGAACUCAGAAAAAUGAUGAAGCAGGAAGACGGCGGCGGAAAUGGGUGGGGAAAGGUAUGUGAUACAUGCCGUUCCGCGCCUUCCACCGUUUACUGCCGGGCCGACUCUGCAUUCCUCUGUACCGGCUGUGAUUCCCGAAUCCACGCAGCCAAUAAGAUGGCUUCCCGCCAUGAACGGGUUUGGGUGUGCGAAGCUUGCGAGCGUGCUCCGGCGGCUUUCUUAUGCAAGGCCGACGCCGCUUCACUCUGUGCCAACUGUGAUUCCGACAUCCAUUCUGCUAACCCUUUGGCCCGGCGACACCACCGUGUCCCCAUUAUGCCGAUUCCGGCGACCCUUUACGGGCCCCAGGGGAAUGAUUCUGGGGGAUCCAUGAUUGGGGUUCAUAAUUUGAAUGAGGAAGCUGAUGAUGGGUUCUUGACUCAGGACGUUGAUGAGACGAUUGAUGAGGAUGAUGAAGAUGAAGCAGCUUCAUGGCUGUUGUUUAACCCUGUUAAAAACAGUAAUAAUAACAACAGCAGUAAUCAGAGUAACGGAAUGAUGUUUGGUGGCGGGGAAGUUGUGGAUGAAUACCUGGACCUAGUUGAUUACAAUUCGUGCCAGGAUAAUCAGUACAAUUGUAAUGGUAAUAAUGAUGAUCAUCAUCAGUAUCAAAGCGCCCAACAGCAAUUUCUAGUCCCUCAGAAGAGCUAUGGAUGUGAUGGUGAAGUCCCUGAUCGUUCUGGAUUCAUAGGGAAAGAUCAUCAGCUUCACCUUCAACAACAACAGCAGCAUCACCCGAGUUUCCAAUUGGGUUUGGACUAUGAAUCAUCCAAUACUGGUUAUGGUUAUCCUGCUUCAAUGAGUCACAGCGUUUCAAUGUCAUCAAUGGAUUGCGGUAUAGUCCCAGAUACAACCAUGAGUGAUGCCUCAGUCUCUCACCAUAGAACAUCUAAAGGCACCAUCGACCUAUUCGCGAGCACUGCAAUGCAAUUGCCGCAGCAACUUCCGCCUAUGGACAGGGAGGCCAGAGUUCUGAGGUACCGAGAGAAGAAGAAAAACCGCAAGUUUGAGAAGACAAUUCGGUACGCUUCCAGGAAAGCGUAUGCAGAAACAAGACCUAGGAUUAAAGGUCGAUUCGCUAAGAGGACGGAUGUUGAGAGCGAAGUUGAUCAGAUGCUCUCCACGGAACUGAUGAUGGAAAGCGGCUAUGGCAUUGUGCCAUCAUUCUAAACUCCAAGAAGUAAUCAGGAUCAAGCCUUAAGAAAGAUCCAGGAAAUAUGCAUUCUGAUUUUGAUAAUGCUGUAUUAGUUCCAAGGUUUUUGUUUUCGAGUAAUCCACAUGUACAUAGUCGUACUUGUAAUAGCAGUACUACAUUUUGCGGAGUAAUUAAGUUUCCUUUUUGGUUCAUCAUUGAAAAUUUGAGAAUAUGACAAAUGAUUGAGCAAUGACAACUGUAUAUAGAGUUAACAAAGUACUCAUUUAAGGAAAAAAAUUCUCACGUCCUAAAAGCAGUAAUCUAAAUAUAACUAGAUUAUUAAACCUUUGCAGUGAAGCAACAUUUGGCACUCAAAAAGGACACAAGCUUUACUAGUCUACUCCAAAGUCUCUAACUAAAGAUACCGCACUCAGCUUCCCCCUCCUUUUGUGCUCUUUUGUGUCUCUUUUACACAUUGGACUUUGGUCUUUUAGAAACACCAGCACUUUAAACAAUAAUAAUCCACAGCUGCAUGAUGGUCCCAGAUUCUGUUUUUGUAAUUCAGAGCCUAUAACGGGUAAUAUAAACAGAAUCUUAGGUAUAUGUUAGUCUCUAUAAACAUAACGAGAGCAAAAUGUGAAUUAGGAUGUUUCUUGACUGCUAAUGUAGGAAAAAGCAUGAGAAAGUAAACUUCCAUAGUCCUCUUUUCUUAAUAUGAGAGACCUAAGUUCACAAAUUCCAGUCGUGAAAAUUGCAGGUGACAUGGUGUAUCAUAUCUAACUGGCCUGAUCCUUAUCUGGGCUGAGCACAUGCAGGGGACUUCCAUACACUAUGCAUCCCUUCUAAAUAGAGAUCAUCACAGAGAAAUUUUUUUACAAUUAUAAAAUAUGUUAAGUACAAAUCUACCUCUAGUGUGAAAAGAUGAGCCUCCAACAAAAAGUCCUAGAUUUCUAUCACUAAAGGAUAAUUCAAUACAGGGGUGUUCUGCUAGUGUAAGUCAAAAAAACAAGUACAAGUUUGUUUCUACCCAUUAGGGUGGCUACCCACACCAUAUCAAAUUAACCACUGUCAAUGCGCAUCAUCACGUAUUAUCCAAAUCCUGUGCAGGGCAGAUAAUGAAUGUUCAGUGGAUGAAAUUCUAGUCAAGCAGAAAAUUACAUGCAGAAAAGGCCACUAAAGUUUAUAGCCUCAAAAUAAAAGUUCAAGAAUACUAAUCAUAUGAUGCUUUAGAUAGAAUGCUGCACUUUUUCACUUUUCCAACAGUAUAUUCGUCUAAGAAAAGCAAAGAUACAUAUAUUUAGCCUCACAUACUACCUCAUCAAAGAUACGAGUAAAAAGAUUGUUCCAGAAUCAAAGUUUAGGUAAAAUAUUGUCAAUUGAGGAAUGCUCAACAGUUUCACGUGUCCUUAUUAUUCCCUGUCCCCUUUUCCAUUAAUACUUAGUUUGGCCUGGCAUAUUCACUACUGCCUUCUUUUUUACAUUUGGUAAGUGCAUCUAGCAAAAUUGAUCCUCGCUAAUUACCAACCUAUUAAUCUGCAAGACAAAGUGGACCAACAGUUUGAAAUCCAUACAACAAAACUGUAGAACCAUUUACUCACAUUUAAGUGAGAAGAUAGUUUGAAAUAUUUCUACUAAAUAUUCGAUAUAUUUCGACUAAUUAUAGAAAACAGAGCAUGACUGCACUUCACCCCCCCCCCCGG